CCAAUUUUCUAAAUCUUCAAACCAAUAAACUUAUAACUUCUAAAUUGCAUCAAAAAACUCUCUUACUCUCUCUUUUCACUCUUAAAAAACACAACAUGAUCAGCACAAAGAAGCUUAUUAAGAUGGCAAGAAAGUGGCAAAAGUUAGCAGCCGCGAGUAGGAAAAAGAUCUCUUGGCCACGAUCAGUGGCUAACGAGGGUCAUUUUGUUGUCUACACUACUGAUGGAAGACGGUUCAUGAUUCCGUUGGUUUAUCUGACGAGUGAAGUUUUCAUAGAGUUGUUUAGAAUAGCAGAGGAAGAGUUUGGAGUUACAAGUUCGGGGCCAAUUACCUUGCCCUGUGAUUCAAAAUUCAUGGAGUAUGUGAUUUCUGUGGUUCAAAGAAGUGCACCUCGGGACUUGGAGCAGGCAAUGAUAAUGUUCUUAGCCAGCUGCAGACACUCAUCAUUGUCACAACAACAUCAAGAGCAAACUGGCUCACAUAUGCUUAUCUGUAGUUUCUAGAAAAAAUUUGUUAUCUUUUUGUGUAGGACAUGUACAGUUAUACAGUUCAAGUUUGAAAAGUUAAUGAUAAUAUAGAAAAAAUAUUCAAAUGAAACAAGUUUCCAUUCUAUUAAUGCACAUUUUUCUAUUACUUUAUUUGAAUUGUGAUUGAUGUUUGCUAUCAAAGGUCAAUCGAAAACAACCUUUAAUGCACAUUUCACCCACAUGAACGAUGGAUAUUCACUAGCAACAAUUUUUCGUAAGGGAAAGAGACUAACAUUAUACUCUUUUUGUCUUUUUCAAUUUGCUACACUUAUCAAUAUAAGCUAUUCCAUUAGCUUUACUACACUUUUAAAUUUUUUGAUCGAAUCGGUAAUCACGUUCUCUCUCAUCGUCUCAUCCAUAAGUUCAAUCUCCCUAUCUCAUCAACCCACUUCUUCAAUCAACUUGUUUUUUAUUUUUCUUUUUCUCAUUCUUUCAAUACAACAUUAAUAAAGGGGGCAACGAAAUGUGUAGCAAACUAAGGGUCAGUAAGGAGUAACAUUCAACUACCAUGUAAAGAAAGACAGCCAUUAUUGUUUGGCCUAACUCUGGCCACUCAUAUACUAAUUUGGAUGUACAAAAAUUGCAUGUAUUUAUCAGUUUGAUCUGGCUUGGGCCAUUAAUGUCUCAUCGCAGCUGGAACUGCCCAAGAAGGAAGGUUCCCGGAACUAAAUUUUGUGUACAGAAUUUCUACGAAUUCUUAUUAUUGAUCUAAGCAACACUGAACAUUUUUGUGCAAUCCAAAAAAAAAGCCUAAUGACUACAAUUAAAAAUUGUGGAGUAGUUUGUUCUUGAUGUUCCUAGGAAAAUGAUGAAUAUCUGAAUAAACUAAGGACAAUAUCAAAGUCCUCGGCUAUACUUCUUCGGAUCACAGAGAUCGUGUACACAAUAAAGCUUGAAUUAG